CUGACAACAGCGGGGUCUCUGACUACGCUGGGGUGGGCUACCGUGGGCCUCCGGGCGGCGGUCAACGAUGCUGAAGGCCAAGAUCCUCUUCGUGGGGCCCUGCGAGAAGGAGAAACAGCCCUUCGUGGAGUGUGGCACAAACCUGGGACCCAGCUUCAACUUUGAACUUCUACGUGACCUUGAGGAACUCUCUUCCUCUUUCUGAGCCUCAGUGGCUUCUUAUAUGUGACAGACUAGUUUUUUUGAAGAUGUGGAGAGGAAGUGGAAAAACCGUUUUGGCCAACUUCCUGACAGAAUCUUCUGACAUCACCGAAUACAACCCAACCCAAGGAGUGAGGAUCCUGGAGUUUGAGAACCCACAUGUUACCAGCAACAACAAAGGCACCGGGUGUGAAUUUGAACUAUGGGAUUGUGGCGGUGAUCCAAAAUUUGAGUCUUGCUGGCCAGCCUUGAUGAAGGACUCUCACGGAGUGGUGAUCAUCUUCAAUGCUGACAUCCCAAGCCACUUGAAGGAAAUCGAGAUGUGGUAUUCCUGCUUUGUCCAGCAGCAGUUCCUGCAGGAUACUCAGUGUCUGUUAAUUGCACACCACAAACCAGGCUCUGGAAGUGGUAAAGGAAACCUAUCUUUGUCGCCACCCUUGAACAAGCUGAAGCUGGUACACUCAAAUCUUGAGGAUGACCCUGAAGAGAUCCGGAUGGAAUUCAUAAAGUAUUUAAAAAGCAUAAUCAACUCAGUGUCUGAGAGCAGAGACCGGGAGGAGAUGUCCAUUAUUACCUAACCAGCCUUCAUCUGGACUCUUCUGCAUCCCAAGUGAGGUCAACUUCUUUCCCAGUGCAGAUCUGAAAUCUUACCCAGUUACUGAUGUUUUCUUCUCCCAAUGGCCCUUGAAAAAAUUUUCCUUCCCUGCUUGCAGGUACCAGUUGCCCAGGGAGUUGAAUCAUACAAUCUAAGCCCUGUCCUUAGUUCAGGUGAGAAAAUCCUGUUACUGAAUUUUGAUUUCUUUGCCCCAGGUUGCUUCAAAGAGCUGGAAAACUGAGGUGUUUUGUUUUCCCCUUCACAUAUGUCAAGUUAUAAAACUUGUGGAAUUGUAACUGUCAUAGCCUAAUCCAUGCGUAUUGGUUUGAAUGUGAUUUUCAUUUCUUAAUUCACUCAACAAAUAGCGACUUGUUGAGCAUCUACUAUUGGCUACACUGUUCUAGUUGCAGACAGUAUACAGCAUGAACAAAAUAAAAACCCUUGCUCUCAUGGAACUUCUAUUAUAAAAAAAUAGUGAGGUAGUCAAAAACUGAAUUACUAUACCUUGGAUAUGCAAAAAAAAAAUAUUAUGGAUUCUUCUUUUCUGUAAUUGGUCUAACUCUAAUGCACCUACCCUCCUAGAUAAUUAACAGACUUGGAGUAUGUAACAUGCAAAGGAAGGUACAGUCAGUCCUCAUUCAUGGAUUUUGUAUUUGCGAAUUUGCCUACUUGCUAAAAUUUAUUUGUAACCCCCAAAUCAAUACUCACAAUGCUUUGACAGUUAUUCAGAGUGGCAAAAAAUUUGAAUCACUGGAUACGCACAUUCCCAACUGAGGCCGAAACAAGAAGGCAGCGCUCUGCCUUCUUGUUUCAGCUGUUGUAUUGUAAACCAGUGUCCUUGUUGUGGUAUAUUUAGUACCACUUUUUCAUAUUUUUGUGCUUCUCAUUGGUUAUUAUUUUGUUGGUUAUUAAAAUGCCCCUCCCCCCAAACGUAGUGCUGAAGUGCUGUCUGGUGGUUCCUAAGCACAAAAAGGCUGUGAUGUGCCUUAUGAUGAAAAUAGAUAUGUUAGAUAAGCCUCAUUCCAGCAUGAAUUAUAGUGCUGUUAGUUGUGAGUGCAGUGUUAAUCAACAACAUAUAUUAAAUAAAGUAUCUUUAAACAGAAGCAUACAGAAAAUAAAGUUAUGUAUUAAUAGUUGAAAAUAUUGUGAUCAGAGGCACGCAGGAACCUAACCCUGUAUUUCCCUGGGAGAAAUGCUUUGGUGUUCAUUAAUCCAUUGUUUGUGGUAACAUUACAGAACAUAAUGACCAUGAAUAAUGAGAAUCCACUGUAUUUCCAUCUCUUGCAAUUUAAAUGUUUUCAGGUUAGUUCAGCCUCUAAUAAAUAUUUAAUUAAUUCAAAAUUA